AUGAUUGAAGUCGGGGUCGUAAACAACGAAACACUGGCCGUUCCCACGGGGGAGAUCAAAAAGCAAGCAAGAGAAAACCAUGUUGCCCUUGAGUUUGAUCCUGAUUUCCUCAAAGCGAAGUAUAUUGCCGAGAAGGAUAAAAGAAUCAAGAAUGGCGGCCUGGAGCAGUUCAAGCUGGUCCGAGACCAUAAGAGCUUGCUCAAAUUUGUCGACGACCCUUACGUGAAGCCAGGAUUGACGCGCGAGCCUAUUAAGCACCUUUACGACUUCGUAGUCAUUGGUGGUGGAUUUACCGGCGUCCAAGUCGGAGCAUGUCUCGUGCAGCAGGGCGUGACGGAUUUCUGCAUCAUCGAAAAGGGCGGGGAUUAUGGUGGAACAUGGUACUGGAACAGAUACCCCGGAGCACAAUGCGACAUAGAGUCAUAUAUCUACAUGCCAUUGUGCGAGGAGUUGAAGGUUAUGCCCACGGAAAAGUAUGCCCGCGGUCCAGAGCUUCAAAAACAUGCCAGGACCAUCGCGGACCAUUUCGGGCUUCAGGAACACACGCUGUUCCAAACUAUUGUUAAACGACUCGCCUGGGAUGAUGACGCUGCUGUGUGGAUCGUCGAAACCAAUAGAGGAGACCAGAUUCAAGCGAAGUGGAUCGUUCAAGCCCCGGGACCUCUUCACACUCCCAAGUUCCCAGGUGUUCCAGGUAUCGAGCUCUUCAGGGGCAAAAGCUUCCACAGUUGCCGCUGGGACUAUGAGUACUCCGGCGGCACACCUGAAAACCCAGAGUUGACCAAGCUCAAAGACAAGCGAGUCGGAAUCAUUGGGACCGGAGCCACAGCCAUUCAAAUUGUGCCCAACAUUGCAUCUUGGGUGAAAGAACUCUACGUCUUCCAGAGGACACCUUCCUCAGUAGACGUCCGAGGCAAUAGACCAACCGAUGCUGAGUGGGCGAAGACUCUCACUAAAGGUUGGCAAAAGUACCGUAUGGAAAACUUUGCCACUCUUGUCUCGGGUGGCCAUGCUGACGAGGACCUGGUUGCUGAUGGCUGGACCGACAUCCUUCGGUCACUGGCCGGGUUCUAUGGCACCGGCAGCGAUGCAGAAGACCCCGCUGCAGUGGCUGCGAAAAUGCAGCUGGCUGAUUUCAAAAAGAUGGAGUCCAUCCGUCAUCGGGUGGACAGUCUUGUCAAAGACCCCAAAACGGCCGAGGCCCUCAAGCCGUGGUACAAUCAGUUCUGCAAACGUCCUUGCUUCCACGAUGAAUAUUUGCAGGCCUUCAACAAUCCAAAUGUCCACCUAGUGCAUACAGAUGGCAAAGGCGUUGAUCGAAUCACAGAAGAGGGCAUCGUCGCAAACGGUGAGGAGACGAAACUCGACUGUAUCAUCUAUGCCACGGGAUUCGAAUUCGCCGGUGACUUUUCCGGUCGCUUCGGCGUUGAGGUUGUGGGAAGAGGAGGUCAAACUUUGUCCCAGAAGUGGAAAGACGGGGCGUCAACCUUCCAUGGCUGGUCAACUCACGGCUUCCCCAACAUCAUGACCCUGACACCGCUUCAAUCUGGAUCGAUUCCGAAUUUCACUCACAACGUGGUGUUCAUGAUGCCUCACCUGGAAUAUCUAAUUCAACAGUGCAAGAAAAAGGGCAUCAAGACAAUGGAGCCCUCCAUCGAAGCUGAAGAGGCGUGGGUCAAAGAGACUGUCGCGCUUGGGUCAGCACGCGGUGACUUCUUGAAAGAGUGCACUCCAGGUUAUCUUAACGACGAAGGCGUUGUGAACGAGUCUACGCUUAGAAACCAGCCCUACGGAGGUGGUGCACCAAAAUUCAAUCAGCUACUCGGUGACUGGAGGAAGGCUGACAAGCUUCAGGGCAUGAUCAUUACCUAUGAGGACAAAGUUCGUGAUGGAUCUGAGCACCGUUGACUUCGGAUCCCGAGGGCGAUAGUAGCUUGACCUUGAACGAUG